ACCUUCCUGUUAUUUACAACCUGCGAAGGCAGAAGGAACAUCAGAAUCCACUCAGUCAGAGGAGCAGCAGACAAUGGAUCACAAGUGCCCGAGUCUGAAACUUAGCGAUGGCCACUUCAUUCCCAUGCUGGGAUUUGGAACCUAUGCACCUGAGGAGGUUCCUAAGAGUGAAGCCUUGGAGGUCACCAAAUUCGCUAUAGACGUUGGGUUCUGCCAUAUCGACUCUGCUCAUUUGUACCAAAAUGAAGCGCAGGUUGGAGAGGCCAUUCGAAGCAAGAUUGCAGAUGGCACUGUGAAGAGAGAAGACAUCUUCUACACUUCAAAGCUUUGGUGCACUUCCCUUCGACCAGAGCUGGUCCGACCAGCCUUGGAAAAGUCUCUGAAAAAUCUGCAACUGGACUAUGUGGACCUCUAUAUUAUUCAUUGUCCAGUGGCUCUGAAGCCAGGGGAGGAACUUUUGCCAAAAGACGAAAAUGGAAAAAUGAUAUUUGACACAGUGGAUCUCUGUCGCACGUGGGAGGCCCUGGAGAAGUGCAAGGAUGCAGGACUGGCCAAGUCCAUCGGGGUGUCCAACUUUAACCGCAGGCAGCUGGAGAGGAUCCUGAGCAAGCCGGGGCUCAAGUACAAGCCCGUCUGCAACCAGGUGGAAUGUCACCCUUAUCUCAACCAGAGCAAACUGUUGGAUUUCUGCAAGUCCAAAGAUAUCGUUCUUGUUGCCUACAGUGCUCUGGGAUCCCAGCGAUUACCACAAUGGAUGAACCCGAAUCUCCCAGUUCUCUUGGACGACCCCAUUCUUUGUGCCAUUGCGAAAAAGCACAAGCAAUCCCCAGCUCUGGUCGCCCUUCGCUACCAGCUGCAGCGCGGGGUUGUGGUCCUGGCCAAGAGUUACAACACGAAGCGGAUCAAAGAGAACAUGCAGGUGUUCAACUUUGAACUGACUUCAGAUGAUAUGAAAGCAAUUGAUGGCCUCAACAAAAAUUUAAGAUAUAAUGAAUUACUCAUUGGUCUAGGUCACCCUGAGUAUCCGUUUUCGGACGAAUAUUGACCCUGAGUCAUCCACCGUGCCUUCUGCCAGAACUUCUUGCUUCUCGGGCUGUGAGGAGGAUUUCUGUAAUUGAUGGACGUGUUUUUUUGUUUUUUUGUUUUUUGUUUUUUGUUUUUUUAUUUUUUAAUUUUUGGGGGUACACCAGGUUCAAUCAUCUGUUUUUAUACACAUAUCCCCGUAUUCCCUCCCUUCCUUGACUCCC